UCGCUUGAGUGUGUGUGCGUGGGGUAUUCGAAAGGAACAGACAAGAAGCAGCAGCAGCAGUAGCGGUGGCGGCUAGAAUAUCGCAAAGUGAGAUGAAAUGUCCGCCUGCUAUGGUUACCUCGGCGGCGCUGGAGAAAUAGUGAGCGCUGGCUUUCAGCGCCCAGCAAAAGCUGGGGUGGCCAGAACCGAUGUAUAAGAGAGCAGUUCCCCAGAACAAAGCAACCGGACCAAUGUCGGAUUAACAGUUCACCGGAGCUGGUCGACAGUUGUUGAUGCUGAUUGCAUUUUGUUUGGCGGCGGGUGACAUGCGAGCGAGGGGACCUGAACGAGGUUUGCAUGGUUCGAUUCAUAAGUUGAAGGGCCUAGUCAUGGAUGGGCGAACCGAUCAAGCUAGGUGACAAUAAGAUUAACUAGACGUUAGCCAAAUUAUUCCGCAAAUCGUUUUGUGUAUGUGUGUGUGUCUCUGUCCCAAGCUAGGAAGCGUGGAUGAUUGAAGCGGUCAAAAGAAAUACACCGAAAAAUAGUUCCCUAGAAUAUGCAGUCUUAUUAGUGUUUUCGUUCAUUCAUUUAUGUUUGGGGGGUUUCUUGCCUCCUUUUUUCUGUUUUAUUUUUCCUGUUUCGUGCGUGUGUUAAAGUGUUGUUUUUGUUCUUCGAGUGUGUUUGUGCACGACAGCGAUUAAAAGUAACAGGCGAAUGAAAAAUGAGAUCGAAGAUUAUUUAUGCUUAAGGUGGAGAACGUCAACGAGAAAAGGAGCGCAAAAUUGAAACGGAAAUUGCGAAUUGUUGUUAAACAGAAUCGUGUCUCUCUCUCUGAACGAGUCCCCGCGUGUGUGUGAAUGUAUACGCGUACGGAAUUAAUGUUGAUGAAGAAGUGAUUUGCGGUCUUUUUCAGCGGUGCUUAUCUGAGUGGGGCGAAUUUUGGCGUAUGAUAAACGACCGAAAGAUCCGCGUCGAUUGAUUUCGUGCGUUCCUGCUUAGAUUAAGGCGGGAUUAUAUAAGUUUACAUUUUGGUUCGUAAUCUAUGAUCGUGACAAGCGUUUUGAAACCCAUUAGGCACGAGACCGGUAAAAUGGGUAAGCUUGACAAAAUGAGUUGAAGUGCGCGAGGGAAGAUGGCGCAGCAACAAACUAACAUAAAUGAGAGUAUAACGAAGCAUAGCGACAUAGGUGUUGAUCAACAACAGACAAAUAAAACAAGUAAACUACAAAAUGGUACUGAUACUCUACACGGCGGAAAGAGUUAUCAAAGUGGACCAGUAAUGGGUGGUGAGAAAGCAAAAUCACCAGCGAGCGGUUCCUCCGGGGGAAAUGGUGGCACUGCGACUGCACCUCCACCUGGUUCCGGUCCGCCGCACAAUCCGCAUUCGGGUUCGGAAGGAGCCCCUGGUAUGCAUCCCUACGAAUCUUCCGGACAUCAUAUGCCUCCCACGAGUAACGCGGGUCCGACAGACCCCAAUACCAACAAUAAAGAUGAAAUGCAUCAUCAUCCCUUGCAUCAGCAGCAUCCUCAGCACCAUCAGCACCAGAUGUAUGGUCAUCCACCAAUGCAGCAUCAACAAUAUCCAAGGUACCACCAUGAUCCCAACAUGCCACAGGGUGGCCCCGAUCCUUACGCCCACUAUCGAAUGGGGGCCACCUCAGGUGGUAAGCCAGGUUCGAUGAUUCCUCCCAGCCGACCACCUCCUCAGCGCUACAUGCAAGGACCAGGACCGGGUGGUCCCGGAGGUCAACCACCACAGCAUCCUGGACACGCGGGUCAGCAACCUCCGGGUCCGACGCCCACGCUGAACUCAUUGCUGCAGUCACAUCCACCACCCCAUCCGCAGCAUCGCUAUCCCAAUAGCUACGAUCCAAAUCAGCCACAGCAACCACCACCUCCGAGUCCUGGUCCACCCGGGGCGCAACCUGGCCAGCAGCAACAGCCACCGGGACAACCUCCGCAGCCCUACGGGCACCAACAAGGCUGGGCGCCGCCUCCCCGUCCAUACAGUCCACAGAUGGGCUCGCAACCGUAUCGUCCUCCACCGCCGGGCAAUAACGCACGGGGUCAAUCGCCCUAUCCACCGGGACCUCCUGGGCAGAGCCCGGGAAGUUAUCCUCCUCCGCCCCAGCAGCAAGGACAGCAAAGUGGCCAACAGGGUCCACCUCCCCCGCCACAAGGUCACCAACCCGGUGGUCCCCCCGGACAGUCGCCCCAGACCAGCCAACCCGGACAGCCUGGCGGCUCGGGCAGUGGACAACCACCGCCCCCUUCAUCAUCACAGGGAGGCCCACCUGCCAACACGCAGUACUCUCCUUACCAACAGCGAUAUCCUACACCUCCGGGACCCAAUGCCGGUCUCAACCAUCGGUCACCCUAUCCUCCGCAUCAAUACGAGCCAGUGAGGUCGUGGCCAUCACCGGCAGCUAGCCCGGGUCCGGGUGGCCAAUCCCAUUUACCUCCCUCACCGCACGGUCCACCGCGGAGCCCGGGUCAGCACGGUGCUCCCAGUCCGUCCCCACAGCCGCCGCAGCCAGCACAAUCGCCGCACCAGUAUCCAACACGACCGAGCCAAUCAUCGACGCCGAAUUUUCAUGAUGGAGACAUGACAGGGGAUUCGACGGGUCAGAACAGUAAUGACAGCUCAAGUGGUGGUGGAACUGGUGGUGCUUCCGCUGCUCCCGGUACGCCCAAUUCUCAGGGCAUGAGACCCAGUCCAUCACCGACUGGUUCUUCAGGGUCCCGCUCUAUGUCGCCGGCGGUUGGUCAACAAAGUAUACCGAUGCCUCCGCGUCCCUCUAGUAGUCACUCGCAAGUUCCAAAUCAGCAAGCACAGAAUCAACUAGGUAGUAGCAAUAGUAAUUUAGGACACGGUAAUCAAUUACAAUCGCAGCAGCCGCCGGAUCACUCGAGAGUAGCGUCGCCGAAUCGUCCGCCUUCUGCCUCUCAGAUACCGUCGUCGGUUGGUGGUCCCCAGCAGGGUCCACCGCCUCCCCCCUCUCAAGCAAGUAUGGCAGCUCAAGGGUACCAGACACAGCCACCGCAUCCGCCGCAUAUGCAUGGCGGUUACAAAAUGGGACCUAGCCCCGGUGGACCAGGUGCAGGAAUGCCUGGCUCGCAGCAGAUGUCUCCGUAUCCACCACACAAUCCUCAAUCGCAGCAGUAUUCACCACAUUCGCAAGGAAGUUACUCACCCAGGCCGCAGUACCCGGGUAGUUACGGACCAACGCCACCAGGUGGCCAACCAGGACAACCACCACCUCCUGGUCCGCCGCCAAACAGCGUAGCUGGUGGUCCUGGCGGCUAUCCAGGCCAUCGCAUGCCAAAUCACGUCGGUGGACCUCCACCGCACUCCCAAUAUCCUCCACACCAACCGUAUCAACAGGGUUGGGGACCUCCAGGGCCUGGACCACAGGGACCUGGAAGUCAUGUGAACAAUCACCAGCAGCAACAACCCGUCAAGGGUAUGCCCCCUACCGGUGUUCCUCCCUCGCCACAACAACCGAAUCAGGCACAGUCUCAACAGGGACCGCCCACCGGUGGACCUCCGCAAAGCGGAUCACCUCGGCCUCUGAACUAUCUUAAACAGCAUCUUCAACACAAAGGUGGCUAUGGUGGUGCUCCUAGUCCUACGCCACCCCAAGGCUACGGAAAUGGUCCUGGCAUGCAUCCACCGAUGGGUCCACCCCACCACAUGGGUCCACCGAUGGGUCCCACCAGCAUGGGACCACCCUCCGGGACUCCUCCCAACCAGCAGGGUCCACCAGGGCCUCCCUCGUCCCAGCAACAGGUGCCACAAAUCGGACCCAACAGUCAUCCGGAUGGUUCGCUACCACCACAGCCGCCCCAUCCGGAAUCGGGCCCGAUCGGUGGCCACGAUAAUGGCGUCAGCUCGUCCGGACCGGGCGGUGUGCCACAUCCAGUUACCUCACUCGUUACAACGGGACCUGAUGGCGCUCCCCUCGAUGAAGCCAGUCAGCAGAGUACCUUAUCCAAUACCUCAGUAGCUUCCGGUGAAGAUCCGCAGUGCUCGACGCCGAAAUCGCGGAAGGGCGAACUCUACAACCAAAGUCACCUGACUAGCACGCCGACAACCGCGUCGCCAGGACCGCACAAUCAGCACGAAGACUUCGAGAUGAAAUCCCCCACGUCCUGGCCCCGGACGCCAGCUAGUCCAGUAUUUAACAGCCACGUUCCUCCCGCGGAGACUCCUUUUAGAUCAACUAAGAAAUCCGACAGCCUGAACAAGCUGUACGACAUGGAUGACAAACCGGAGCGGCGGCCCUGGCUGGACAAGCUGCUGGCCUUCAUGGAGGAGAGGCGGACGCCGAUUGCGGCCUGUCCGACCAUCUCGAAGACACCCCUGGAUCUGUAUAAGCUGUACGUUUUGGUACAGGAGCGCGGCGGUUUUCUUGAGGUGUGUAAGGUUACCAAGAGCAAAACAUGGAAAGAUAUCGCCGGAAUGCUGGGCAUCGGUGCUAGCAGUAGUGCGGCAUACACGCUGCGCAAGCAUUACACCAAGAAUCUGCUACCGUUCGAGUGCAAGUUCGAUCGUGGUGGUAUCGACCCGGGUCCAAUCAUUGCCCAGGUCGAAGCUGGUUCUAAGAAGAAAUCGAACAAAACCACUUCGGUUCCCUCUCCGGGAUCGUCCAACUCACAAGACUCAUUCCCAGCGCCGGGUAGCAGCAGUGCUUCGAUGGACGGAUACGGUGCCUAUCCUGGAGGUGGGUAUCCACCCGGAUCGACGCCGGAUUAUUCCCAGCAGCAACAGCAGCAGCAGAACCAAUCCCAACAACCUCCGACACAGCCACAGCAACCACCAGCGCAGCAAAAUCUACAACGACCCCCGUCGCAGCAGAGCGGCACUCAAUCUCCUCAUCCAGGCUCGGCACCACCGACUACCGGAGAUAAUAUUAGUGUGAGCAAUCCCUUUGAUGAUCCUGUUGGUCCUCAAAGGCCUCCAUAUCAACAGGGUGCUCCCUAUCCGCCAGCUUCACGACCACAAGGUGCUCCGUACCAAGGACAACCAGGAGGCUAUCAGUAUGGUGCCCCGGAUCAGUAUGGUCCAGCUGGGGCACCGGGCCAGUAUCCACCUGGACAGCAAGGCCAAUACCCGCCGGCCAGUAGACCAAUGUAUCCUCCAUACGGUCCACCAGAACCGGGCGAGGGUAGGUCGACCCCACCAGCUCCAGGCUCCGCGCAACCCACAUCGGGUGAUCCAUACCGAGGCUACGGUAGCGCUCCGUAUCCACCACCACCUCAGCAACGACCAUACCAGCAGCCCCCUCCAGUCAGUUCUGGUCCAUCACAAACUCCACCGGCGGGACCUCCCGGGAGUUCUGGCCAACCGGGUCCAUCGGUGAGCGGUGCCCCGGGACAGCAACCUCCCUCCACAAUAGCCCAAGGGCAGGGCUAUCCCACACCCCCGCAACCACCACAGCAGCCUGACUAUUAUCGGCCAGAUCAGCCAAAUCAACCAAGGAGGCAUCCAGAUUUUGAAAAGAAUCAGCAACCCUAUCCACCCUACCAGCAGAGACCACAAAUGUACCCUGGUGGCGGAUGGCAAGGUGGCGCCGGACAGUACCGUGGACAGUAUCCUCCACAAGGACCCCAGCAGCAGUGGGGAGCCCACAACGGACCACGACCUAGUGGACCACCAGUGGCGCCAGGUGGGCCUCCUGGUGCUCCCGGAACACCUAGCCAAUGGAACGCCGAGGCUAACCGGUACCCUCCAAACCAGCAGCCCUCCCCUUUCCCGCCUCAUCAACAGGGUCAGCCGCAACCAUGGAACCAGAUGCCACCUACAUCACAAGGCUCUCCCUUGCGGCCACCCCAACGCGGUGGUAAACCAUUCGCAUCAAUGCAACAGGCUGGUUUGCCGAGCAGUUUGCCAUCUACGCCACAGCAAGGGCCUCCCGUGGGAUCAGGUAAUAAUGCGAACGGUGGACCCGUCGUUAGUGGAGCUCCAACAGUAGCCAGUUCGGUGCAGAGUGUUUCCAAACCGAUGCCUCAGGCACCGUUCCCUCCGUCGAGUAAUGUCGCCCCGAAACGGGACAUCGUAUUCCCUACGGACAGCGUUGAAUCAACCACGCCGGUACUGUACAGGAGGAAACGGCUGAGCAAGAUCGACAUUGGCCAGACCGAUCCAUGGCGGAUAUUUAUGGCACUGCGGUCGGGAUUGCUGGUGGAGAGCACCUGGGCUUUGGAUGUGCUGAACAUUCUGCUGUUUGAUGAUUCGUCGGUCUCGUUCUUUGGGCUGACACAUCUUCCGGGGCUGCUGAAUCUGCUGUUGGAUCAUUUCCAGAAGAGUUUGAGUGACAUGUUUGAAACGAAGGAUCGGAAAAGUUGCUACGGAAGAGCGUACGGCUGGUUCGGAAAGGAGACCGAGGAAGACAGUGAGGAGGAAGAGGGAGAUACAGACGAGAGGGAUGCGAUUGAGGGAAUUAAGGUGGAGAACGAAAUGAUCGAAGUGAAGAAAGAACCUGAAAAUGAUGAAUCAGAGCGGGAUGAGUUCAAACAUCGAGAACCGCGUUCCCGAAGGUGCAAGCGGCCCAGGCGAGCAAAUGACCUGGAUUUGGGCAAUGUAAUUGACCCUCCGAAUCCUGAAGAUCGAAUAUUGGUAUUUAGCUCGACCACCAAUUACACUAUGAGCUCGAGGAAAGGUUUACCGGUGAAGAUUCAAUCGGCGGAAGAAGAUGUUUUCGUGUUAAAACACAGAAGAAACUGGGACCGAACGGCGGACGAUCGUUACCACAGGGAAACCGACGUCGGUGGAGAUCCGUGGACUGCCGGUCACUCGGAACCAGAUCCUCAUGGGUACAUAAUGGAAACGUUCCAGGCUGAGUUUGUAAACAUUCCAUUCGCUAGGAUGAUCAGAACUAGCAAGAAGUAUAAGGCACGAUGCAAGAAUAAUAAUAAUAAGAAUAAUGUCUUAGUCGUGAAACGGGCUCCAAAGAACGUCGAGAGUGACGAAAGUGACAGCGAGCAGAGUCGGACAAAUGAAGACAGCCGGAUUAUGAACGGCGAAAAUAGCGGUGCGGAGGAAGAUUCGAAAGCGAAUAUCAAUGUUAAUAAUUUCGUAAUUAAGAAGGAGGUUAACGAGGUGGUGACCCCUUUGAUAGACGCUGACUGUCGCGAAGUCGAUAUGGAGCUGGAGAAGAGUACACUCUCGAAUGGUCCCCAGGAUGGAACCGGAAUGAACGAAUCGGAUGAGAAGGAUGAUGUGAAGAUGGAGAUCGAGGAAGAUUGCAACAGCAAGAGGGUGGCGGAUGAGGAUGAAGUUCCGGCUAAAAAGUUCAACGUGUCCGCGACUAUCCGUGAUCCAGCGAGGGUGCUGAAGCGACGAAGAAUGAGCGACUACGAGGACGAGUGCUACACUCGGGAUGAGGCCAGUUUGUACUUGGUUACCGAAGGUCAUGAUGCUUUGGCGAGACGCUGCAUGGCCAUCUCGAACAUUCUUAGGAAUUUAACCUUCGUUCCUGGAAACGAGAUCGAGUUCUCACGAUCGUCGAGGUUCUUGUCGAUUUUGGGAAAACUGUUGCUUCUGCACCACGAGCAUCCCAUUCGGACGAAGAAAACAAGAAAUUAUGACCGAGAGGAAGAUGCGGAUUUCUCGGAUUCGUGUAGUAGUCUUCAGGGUGAAUCGGAAUGGUGGUGGGAGUUUUUAGUGCAAAUCCGAGAGAACAUGUUAGUCUCGAUGGCAAACAUUGCCGGUCAGCUUGAUUUGUCGAGGUUUGAUGAACCCAUCUCUAGGCCUAUUCUUGACGGUUUGCUGCAUUGGUCAGUCUGUCCCUCGGCCCACGGUCAGGAUCCAUUCCCUACGCUAGGACUGAAUUCAGUAUUAUCCCCCCAACGACUCGCGUUGGAAGCGUUGUGCAAGCUGUGUGUUACCGAUGCCAAUGUAGAUCUUGUGAUAGCGACACCUCCCUUCACGCGACUCGAGAAACUGUGCUCGGUGCUGACGCGGCAUUUGUGCAAAAAUGAGGACCAAGUGCUGAGAGAGUUCUCGGUGAAUCUACUCCAUUACCUUGCAGCAGCGGACAGUGCAAUGGCUCGUACGGUGGCAAUGCAAUCGCCCUGCGUGUCCUACCUGGUGGCUUUCAUCGAGCAGGCGGAACAGACGGCUCUCGGUGUGGCAAAUCAACAUGGUAUCAACUAUCUACGGGACAAUCCGGAUUCGAUGGGUACCAGCUUGGAUAUGCUACGACGAGCAGCCGGAACACUGCUCCACCUAGCCAAACAUCCGGACAACCGACCGCUGUUUAUGCAGCAAGAGCAGCGCUUGCUCGGGCUUGUCAUGAGCCACAUCCUUGACCAACAGGUGGCACUGAUCAUUUCACGGGUUCUGUUCCAAUGUUCACGAGGUACCGGACCAUUGACAACGAUGGAGCUAGAAUCUAUCAGUAGUAGCAGCAGCAAAAGCGAGUCGAAGAAGCAUUCGGAAAAAGACUCUUCGUCUGAAGCUUCCAAAUCGUCGAUGCAUUUAAACUCGAUAAUCAUCAACAACAGCAGCAUCAACAACAGCAGUAGCAGCAGUAAUGCAACAAAUAGCAGCGCCAACGCCACAACGAUGGCACCUCCACCUCCGGCAGGAUCCGGAUCAGCGACUGUUCCAGCGAAAAACACCGAACCACUUACUCAAUUAACAUCAUCGAUGCCGGCUCCAUCGGCUCCGGUCAGUAGUAGUUGUGGGCCACCUGCAUUUGUACCUCCGCCACCGUCAAUUGCGGAAGCGUCGUCAUCGUCGUCGACGUUACAGCAGUCCCCACCACUACCGCCACCACCCACACCAUCACAAGGAGGAGGAGGUAGUCCCACGUCGGGCGCUGCAGGAUCUCAGACAAGUGACGUUGUUUCGGCACCUCCGCCGCAACCACCUGGCGCGCAGCCAUCCCAUCAUCCCAUCACUGCUUCUUCGUAGUGGAAGAAAUCGUUAAUACUGAAGCACAUUCAGCUUUAGAUUCAAGCAGGAUCAUAGGGGGCGACAGACAGCAGAGAAAAUAUUAAUUACUGAUUAAUUAAUUAUACAUACUAGACAAUUAGAGGAGAAUCUAGAAAUAUAACCAACAAAUGGAUGAGUAAAAAAGAAGAGUAAAUAUUCUUGUGUACAGUAAAUUUUAAGAAGUUUUUGCUAGUGUUGAAGUGAGUGCGAAAAAGAUCAGAACAAACCAGAGCAAACAUAAUGCGUGUGUGAUAGAGGUGAAAUUAUGAGCAAAAAAAAAACGCAGGGAUGAAAGCGAGGGAGAGUAGUGAGCAUUAGGGUGCCCGACGAUGUUAAGUGUAGUGAUGUUGUUAUAUCAAAAUCCGCUAAUGUUCAGGCUGAUUAGAGAGGUAAGACCUUAGCGUCAAGGCGUCAACAAAAAGAAAUCCCUACCGAGAGAGUAGUGGUAGGUAGGUCACAAUACAACAACAGGAAAUAAAAAAGACGACAAGAUUGUCAGAGGACACAAUCCGGAAAGAUUAAA